AUGUCGACUUUCAUUCCGCUCAAAAUGCCUAAACUACAGUUGCUGAACGAGUAUGUUACUGAACCACAAACAGCGGUUGCUACAGAGAUCUCCGUAGCCAAAGACACAACAGAGUUGCAUGAAGAGAUGGGCCGUCUACGAAGGUGGUUUGAUUUGGUUUUCAACCCAGAGAUAAAGUUACACAGAGCAGGUUUGUAUUGACCAGUUACUGUAAUUAGCUAGCCAAAUAUCUCACACGGAGUUGAACGCAGACUAAAGUUUUUUUUUAAUGAACCUCCAACUCUCGAGUCUCUGUUAAGUCGAUACUUCAAAAUGUAAAUUCUUAAACUAGGGACGUCAAACAUUGAGGCUGCACAGACUCUAUGGAGGCUAGUCUAGAUCGCCGAGUGAGAAAUAGAUGUCAUUGUUGCAAUAGUUGGUGAGUGGGCAACAUAUACUAUCAUCUUAAAUUGACAUGUUUAAUUAUUUUUCCAGUUUGUGUUACUACCUUAUGUCUAAAGUAAUUAGGACUGACAGGGUUUUAGACCUAUCAUAUGAAGUCACCGUCUCUUUUAUUUCCUGACAGAUAAACCAUUAAAUACAGUGAGCUCCAACAGUAUUGGGACAGUGACAUUUUUUUUGUUUGUUUUGGAUCUGUACGCCAGCACUUUGGAUUUGAAAUGAUACAUUGACUGAGGUUAUUAAAGUGCAGAAUGUCAGCUUUAAUUUGAGGGUUAUUUUCAUCCAUAUCUGGGGAACGGUUUAGAAAUUAAAUUACAGCACUUUUUGUACAUAGUCCCCCCCAUUUUAGGGGACCAAUCAUAUUGGGCAAAUUCAAGUUCACUUAUGUGUAUUAAAGUAGUAAAAAGUAUUUGGUCCCAUAUUCCUAACAUGCAAUGACUAUAAGCUUGUGAAUCUACAAAUUUGUUGGAUACAUUUGCUGUUUUGUUUUGGUUGUGUUUCAGAUUAUUUUGUGCCCAAUAGAAAUGAAUGGUAAAUAAUGUAUUGUGUCAUUUUGGAGUCACUUAUAUUGUAAAUAAGAAUAUGUUUCUAAACACUUGUACAUUGUGGAUGCUACCAUUAUUACAGAUAAUCCUGAAUGAAUUGUGAACAAUGAGUGAGAAAGUUAGACGCAUAAAUAUCAGCCCCCCAAAAAUGCUACCCUCCCCUGUUAUAAUGGUGAGAGGUUAGCAUAUCUUGGGGGGUAUGAUAUUAUAGCUAACCACCCCUGUUAUUAUAAUGGUGAGAGGUUAGCAUAUCUUGGGGGGUAUGAUAUUAUAGCUAACCACCCCUGUUAUUAUAAUGGUGAGAGCUGGUAGAGCACGGCGCUUGUAACGCCAAGGUAGUGGGUUCGAUCCCCGGGACCACCCAUACACAAAAAAAAAAAUGUAUGCACGCAUGACUGUAAGUCGCUUUGGAUAAAAGCGUCUGCUAAAUGGCAUAUUAUUAUUAUUAUUUAGGUUAGCAUAUCUUGGGGGGUAUGAUAUUAUAGCUAACCACCCCUGUUAUUAUAAUGGUGAGAGGUUAGCAUAUCUGAUGGGGUAUGAUGCAAAUUGUAAAAGACAUGAGGACUGUUAACAAGAGUGAGAACAUCUGAGAGUGGAGUACAGUUAAUCCUGCAGAUGGAUGAUGUAAAUCUGACAUGAUCCGUUCCUCUACAUGACAGAUAAACAUGUACGGUGCAUACGGAAAGUAUUCAGACCCCUUUACUUUUUCCACGUUUUGUUAUGUUACAGCCUUAUUCUAGAAUGGAUUAAAAUGUUUUUUUCCCACCUCAUCAAUCAUUUACAUUUACGUCAUUUAGCAGACGCUCUUAUCCAGAGCGACUUACAAAUUGGUGCAUUCACCUCAUAGCCAGUGGGAUAACCCCUUUACAACCAUUUUUUUUUUUUCUUCUUUGGGGUGGGGUAAGGGGGGGUAGAAGGAUUAAUUUAUCCUAUCCCAGGUAUUCCUUAAAGAGGUGGUGUUUCAAGUGUCUCCGGAAGGUGGUGAGUGACUCCGCUGUCCUGGCGUCGUGAGGGAGCUUGUUCCACCAUUAAGGGUGCCAGAGCAGCGAACAGUUUUGACUGGGCUGAGCGGGAACUGUACUUCCGCAGAGGUAGGGGGGCCAGCAGGCCAGAGUUGGAUGAACGCAAUGCCCUCGUUUGGGUGUAGGGACUGAUCAGAGCCUGAAGGUACGGAGGUGACGUUCCCCUCACAGCUCCGUAGGCAAGUGCCAUGGUCUAUCUACACACAAUACCCCAUAAUGACAAAGCAAAAACAGGUUUUUAGAAAUGUUUGCACAUUUACUAUGAGUAUUCAGACCCUACUCAGUACUUUGCCGAAGCACCUUUGGCAGCAAUUACAGCCUUGAGUCGUCUUGGGUAUUGCGCUACAAGCUUGGCACACCUUUAUUUGGGGAGUUUCUCCCAUUCUUCUCUGCAGAUUGUCUCAAGCUCUGUCAGGUUGGAUGGGGAGCAUCGCUGCACAGCUAUUUUCAGGUCUCUCCAGAGAUGUUUGAUCGGGUUCAAGUCCAGGCUCUGGCUGGGCCACUUAGGGUCAUUGUCCUUUUGGAAGGUGAACCUUCGCCCCCAGUCUGAGGUCCUGAGCGCUCUAGAGCAGGUUUUCAUCAAGGAUGUCUCUGUACUUAGGGAUGGUGCCUGGUUUCCUACAGACGUGACACUUGGCAUUCAGGCCAGAGAAUCUUGUUUCUCGUGGUCUGAGAGUCCUUUAGGUGCCUUUUGGCAAACUCCUAGCGAGCUGUCGUGCCUUUUACUGAGGAGUGGCUUCCGCCUGGCCACUCUACCAUAAAGGCCUGAUUGGUGGAGUGCUGCAGAGAUUGUUUUCCUUCUGGAAGGUUCUCCCAACUCCACAGAGGAACUCUGGAGCUCUGUCAGUGACCAUCAGGUUCUUGGGCACCUCCUUGACCAAGGCCCUUCUCCCCCGAUUGCUCAGUUUGGCCGGGCGGCCAGCUCUAGGAAGAGUCUCUUGGUGGUUCCAAACUUCUUCCAUCUAAGAAUGAUGGAGGCCACUGUGUUCUUGGGGACCUUCAAUGCUGCAGACAUUUUUUGGUACCAUUCCCCAGAUCUGUGCCUUGACACAAUCCUGUCUCGGGGCUCUACGGACAAUUCCUUCAACCUCAUGGCUUGGUUUUUGCUCUGACAUGCACUGUCAACUGUGGGACCUUUAUAUAGACAGGUGUGUGCCUUUCCAAAUCAUGUCCAAUCAAUUUAAUUUACCACAGGUGGACUCCAUCAAGUUGUAGAAACAUCUCAAAGAUGAUCAAUGGAAACGAUGCACCUGAGCUCAAUUUCGAGUCUAAACCUGUUUUUGCUUUGUCAUUUAUGGUGUAUUGUGUGUAGAUUGAGGAUUUUUUUGUUUGGUUAAUCCAUUUUAGAAUAAGGCUGUAACGUAACAAAAUGUGGAAAAGGGGAAGGGGUCUGAAUACUUUCCGAAUGCACUGUAUUUUCUAUACAAUAAAUGUCUUCUUUAGGAGCACAGCAUGUGGGAGUUUAUCUACAGUCUACCUGUUGUUUAUAUAUUUUCAUUACAUCUUUUACAACCCUACUCUGGAUACAUGAGUGCAUUUCUGUUUAGGACUACAUGUUCUGUUUAUUUUCUUGCUAAAUAGAUUUUUAUCUCAGUGA